GUCAUUACUGACAGUAGGUUUUGUAACCUCACUCUUUAUAUACCAAAAUUCCAAAAUUUUAAAUUAAAUUCAAAUAUAUUUGUGUUCAAUACUAAGUAUUUCAGCUCUGCCCCAGCUAAAGACAGAAAAAUGGAUUCAGAAUCAGCAAUCAAUACGGCUGAUUUACUCCUUCGUCAAGUUGCAGAAGUUAAAAUAUCAUCUGGUGCACCCGUAAAAAAAUUCCCUGUUGUCAAGGAAGAGUUGCAGUUCUUACAUUUAGAUGAAAUAUCUCAAGAAAAGGUGUUGGAUACAUUGAAAUAUGUUUAUGGCCAAGAUUUCAAGUUGAAAGAUAUAUCAGCAUAUCAAGAUGUAAACUCUAAUCUAGGAAAAAAGUUUUGGGUUGGUCAAGGGACUCUUGUGGUAAAGGGUGGCUGCGAUUUUUCCAAAACUGUUGAUACUGCUGUUCAUGAGACAGACCGACUCAAACAGUUUGCCCUUUUCAGACUAGAAAGUUAUGGGUUUCAUAAAAAUCAUUGUAUAGAAGCAUUAGACUACUGCUCAGGAAAUAUAGAAGACUGUUUAUACCUAUUAUACUGCAAGUAUUUAAACUUACCAUACCCUUUUUCCCAUCAUAGUUCAGAUUGUACUGAUGAGGAACUGCAAGAGCAGAGAACAGAUGAAAAGAGUUCUUUAGAAUCAAUAUAUGAAAACUCCUUCAGAGAAAAAGUGAAAAAUAGUGUAUGGAUCCUAGAAUUAAAAUUAGAUUAUUUGGUAAACCUCUUUCAAAAAAAUAAGGAAAAAUUGCCAAAGAAAAUUUUGCAACAGAAAGUAAAAAAAAAAGAAAAGUGCAAAUUUCUCAUCAGGGGCCAAUGCAAAUUUGGAGAUAAGUGCAGAUUUUCACAUGAAGUGGAAGAAGAUAAAAAAGAUGUGGAAGUAAAUAAUAUUUUUGAAUUAGAAGUGAGAUUUCCUCCCAAUAGUAAAUAUCCAUUUGAGCCCCCUUUAAUUUUUAUUAGGAAAAAUGAUAUUCUUCCCCCUUUAGUGAACCUUAAAAUAUGUAGCAGAUUAUUUGAAGAAGCUAAUUCUUAUGCAAAAGAUGGCAUUCCUUCUGUGUAUUCCAUCACGGAACUCCUGCAAAACUCAGAAGAAAUUACAGAACAUCUUAAGAAAGAUUGCAGUUUCUUGAAUCCAAAAGUUAAACUGUUUGAGGAGAUAAAAGCAGUGAAAACAUUCAAUCAAAAAAGCUCACAUUAUCGGAAAGGUCUGACAAAUAAAGAUAACAAAAGAAACUACAGUAAAGAUGAAACAUUGCUUGAAAAUAAGAAUAUAGUGGAGAGGUUCCAAACAAAGGUAGAUACAGAAGAAUAUAAAGUAAUGUUGUCUUCCAGAAGAAAAUUACCUGUUUGGAAUUAUAUGAAUGACAUUUUGAAUACCUUAGAAAGUUCUCAGGUAACCAUCAUAAGUGGGGAAACAGGUUGUGGAAAAAGCACCCAAAUACCGCAGUAUAUUCUUGAUGAUUGGAUCAUCAAAUUUAGUUCAGAAUCUAAAAGGAAUAUAAAUAUAAUUUGUACACAACCUAGGCGGAUAUCCGCAAUAGGAGUAGCAGAGAGAGUGGCACAAGAGAGGUUGGAAAAAGUAGGUAAUACUGUUGGUUAUCAGAUUAGAUUGGAGAGCAAAACAUCAGCAAGUACUAGGCUGAUGUUUUGUACUACAGGUAUUUUACUUAGGAGGCUGGAGAGUGAUCCUCUAAUGCCAGAAGUUACCCAUAUAGUUGUAGAUGAAGUACAUGAAAGGAGUGAGGAAAGUGAUUUUCUUUUGAUGAUUCUUAGAGACAUGCUUUCUCUGAGGCCAGAUUUGAAAAUCAUCUUGAUGAGUGCUACACUCAAUGCAGAUUUAUUUGCUUCUUAUUUUGGAAGUGUUCCUAUAAUCAAAGUGCCUGGUAGAACUUUUCCUGUUGAACAGUUCUUCUUAGAAGAUAUUUUUGAAAGCAUCCAUUAUGUUCUUGAAGAAGGAUCAGAAUAUUCCAGGAAAAUAUCGAAAGACGAUGACUAUUUGGAGAGUCAAUUGGAAUCCGCAGAGGUUAUGUUUACAUCAGAAAAACCACGAAAUGCCUUGAAAGAUGAAAAUUUGACUUUCAGACAGAUCUGUACAAGAUAUCAGGGAUAUUCCAAACUGGCAUGUAAAAAUCUUUUUUUGAUGGACCCUGAAAAAAUUAACAAUGACCUCAUUGAAUAUUUACUCAGUUGGAUUGUAUCAGGAGAUCAUGACUUCCCAAAAACAGGAACUAUACUUGUUUUUCUACCAGGAAUAGCAGAAAUAACAAGCCUUCAUGACCAGCUGAAAGAUAAUCCAGAUUUUGGUUCAAGAACCAAGAAGUUCUUGCUGUUGCCACUACAUUCAUCCCUGACUAGCGAAGAGCAGGCAGCUAUAUUCAUAAAACCAAAAUAUGGCGUAAGGAAGAUCGUACUUUCCACAAACCUCGCAGAGACGUCAAUUACCAUAGACGACUGUGUUUUUGUUAUUGAUUCGGGCAAGAUGAAAGAGAAACAUUUCGAUCCCAACAGGAACAUGGAAAGUUUAGAGACUACUUGGGUUACUAGGGCAAACGCCCUUCAAAGGAAAGGUAGGGCCGGGAGAGUUAUGCCAGGAGUUUGUUUUCACCUAUACACUGGCCAUAGAUACAGCCAUCAUUUCCUUGGACAGCCAAUACCGGAGAUACACAGGGUUCCACUGGAACAGCUCAUUUUGAAUAUCAAACUAUUACAGGUGUUCGAGGAGAAGGAUGUUAAACAAGUCCUGGGUUCCUUCAUUGAGCCGCCAUCUGAAGAAAGUAUAGAUUCCUCGAUUUCGAGAUUACAGAGUGUUGGAGCUCUAGAUAAAAAAAUCGAAUUGACCGCUCUAGGGCAGCAUCUGGCAAGUUUGCCGGUUGAUGUCAGAAUUGGUAAACUUUUGCUAUUCGGAGCGAUCUUCUCCUGCAUAGACGCUGCACUUACCAUGGCGGCCUGUUUGAGCUUCAAGAGUCCGUUUUUGAAUCCUUUUGGAAAACGGGACCAAGCGAAUGCGAAAAAAAUGAAUUUUGCUAGUGGCUUCAGCGACCAGAUCACGGUGUACACGGCAUAUAAGAAGUGGCUGCAAGUGUACAAGAAAAGCACAGCAGGAGGGAGAAACUAUGCAAAUGAGAAUUUUCUAUCUUUCAGAACAUUAAUAUCGAUAGCGGAUAUAAAGUACCAGUUCCUAGAAUUGCUAGUAGAUAUCGGAUUUAUCAGCGUUGAUUUGAAUAAGAGAAGGAAAAUGGGCGAAGAUAUAAUUGCUCAAGUUACAGGACAAGAAUUCAAUAGGCAUUGCGAGAAUUACAGACUACUUUCAUCAGUUAUCUGCGCUGCGCUUUAUCCAAACGUUGUGAAAGUGUUAACUCCUCCAAAAUCUUACAUAAUGAGUGCUGCUGGAGCAAUACCAAAAGAAGUACAGGCCAAAGAUCUCCAAUUUGCAACUGUCCAAGAAAAGGUUUUCAUGCAUCCUAGUUCUAUCAACUAUAAGCUUGGCAAUUUCCCAAGCCCUUAUCUGGUGUACCAAGAAAAGGUGCGGACAAGCAAGGUGUUCUUUAGAGAUUGUUCCGUUAUCCCACUAAUGUCAUUGGUUUUGUUCACUGGAUUCGAUUUGGACAUCAGAAUUCAUAACGGUUCGACAUUCAUUUCCUUGGAAAAUGGCUGGAUACUCUUACAAGUUGAGGAACAUCAGGUUGCGGAGAUGGUGAAGCUGAUAAGAUUAGAGCUCUUUGAUAUCCUUGAAGAGAAAAUAAGGGAUCCCCUGCUUAAUUUGCAGCAUAAUGAAAGAAGCAACAGAAUAAUUUCAACUAUUCUCCAUUUGAUUUCAGCAUGACUUGUUGACUUAAUUUAUUUUAACAGAGUUUUUUUGUGUACAAUAUGAAUCGGUUUUAUGCAAAAUAUAUUCAUAUGUUUCUA